UCUUCGGUUUGGAAAUAGGUCGAAGGACUCUUGCAGUGAAACAGAGUUGGUUGGACCAGCACUAAAGAAAGAAGGCGACGCAAAUGAAACGAACGAGGGAUUUCGGACAUUCUUGAGACGAACUCGUAGAGAGGCUGGUUAAUGAGAAAAGUCAAUAAACAGAGCGUGUUUAUUGUUUCUUGGAUGCCUUACUUUAUCUGAAACAGUAUGAAUCACAGAUGGGCUCCUAAUGCUUGGGUGAAACUAGGUAGAGCAUCUUUUCUGUGGCACAGCCAUCCUCACCAGUCAGCAGCAUCUCUUCCUCUGUUUGGCUCCUCUCACUGUAGGAUUCAUCAGCAGCCUGUUUCCUGCCAUGGUGGACGUCUCAGUUGGAAGUACUUCCACAACCCGAGGCUCAGAAGCAGGAAGGGAUGGAUCGUCAAGGUUUGUCAGGUUAAACAGCGUCUUGGACUCCACACCAGCUCCUUGUGUUUGAACGCUUCAACUUCUCGUUGGUCUGCCGGGCUGAGCCAACACAUGUCGCGGGUCAGAAGCACGCUGGACACAGUUUCAAAAGCUGUGAGUGGGACGCACACAGAACUCAUGUCCAGAAUCUCUCGCCUGAGAGGUAAUGCUUUGAAGGCCAGGAAACAGGCUGGGGCAAGUGAAGAAGAGACUGCAACCCUGUCCAUUCCUCCUGCUUCCACUAAUAGUGUUCUGCCUUCUGGAUCUCAACCUAAUUUACAAUCAGCUCCUGCUUGCCCUGAUUUCCCCUCCUCUGCUGCUGCAUUAGAUGCAAGUACCACUACCUCCAGCCCUUCUAAUGGUUCCGCCCAGGUGACGGACACUGCCCCAGCCCUGACUGUGUGUGAAGACAAGAAUAAGAGGCUCAGACAAGUUUUUCCAACUAUCAAAGCUAAGUGUGCCAAAAGGUUGGAGGAGCUUCCACCAUCACUGAGCAAUGCUGAGAGCGAGGACACAACUCCCAAAGAAUCAACAGCACUUUUUCAUCCCAGUUCCUUGUCUGUCAACCUGGAUGACACUUACACCUAUCUAGCUCAUCACAUCAACUCUUAUUUUAGCAGCAGCUCAAAAGCUCAGGACAAGAAGGGGGGCAGUGUUGACCUUUCCUCCUCUCGACGACGACAACCAUCAGACAUCAUGUCUGACAAAACGGAGCCAACUCCCAUAGUUGUCUCGCCCUCCUCCAAGAAAAGUCUGGGACAGUACCUAUCCUAUUCAGCUCCAGCUGUGCAGGCGAUUGUUGGGAACUACAUAGCUCCCCUUGUUCCCAAGUUCAGGACAGGAGAGUCCAAAAGUGCAACAGUGGAGGAGAAGAAGACUGAAGACAUGUCAGGAAAACAGUCUGAGGCCACAGUCAGUAAAGAGCAGGCGACUGCAGAGGAGAAGGCAAAGAAACUUCUGCUUCAACGUGAAAAGAUUAUUGCCAGGGUGAGUGUGGACAACCGAACCCGGGCUCUGGUCCAGGCCCUCCACCGAGCUUCAGAUGUGAGGGUCUACAUCAGCAGGGUGGAGGACUUAAGUUACCACCUUUUGGAGUUCCCCGACACUCGUGGUGUUGCGGUAAAGGAGAAGGUCAUCUCUUGCCUCCUGCGUUUGAAGCAGGCCAACGACCCCGGCUUGAGGGCAGCCGUCAGAGAAGCUCUGGCAUUAGUUGGCUAUCAGAAACCUGUUCAAGGUCGAGGAAUACGAAUCUUGUCCAUAGAUGGAGGAGGUUUAAGGGGACUUCUUGCCCUCCAGACUUUACACAAGCUGGAAGCCCUCACUGGCAAACCCAUUUACAAACUAUUUGACUACAUUUGUGGAGUCAGCACAGGUUCAGUGAUUGGGUUCAUGCUUGGUCUGUUCCAAAUUCCUGUAAAAGAGUGCGAUGAUCUUUACCGGAAGCUGGGCUCAGACAUUUUUAAACAGAACGUGAUCUUGGGCACCGUGAAGAUGGGCUGGAGUCACGCCUUCUAUGACAGCGAACCCUGGGAGAACAUCCUGAAGGAGAAAAUGGGUUCUAGCCUCAUGGUGGAGACUACAAGAAGCCCUAAAUGUCCCAAGGUGGCAGCAGUGAGCACCAUUGUGAACCGUGGUCUUCCUCUGAAGGCCUAUGUUUUCAGAAACUACAACCUGCUGCCUGGCGUGCGCUCGCACUACCUGGGCGGCUGCCACCACCAGCUGUGGCAGGCCGUUCGUGCCACAUCUGCAGCCCCGGGGUAUUUCCAGGAGUUCAAACUCGGAAAUGAUCUCCACCAGGAUGGUGGUUUGCUGAUGAACAACCCAACAGCACUUGCUAUCCAUGAGUGUAAGCAUUUGUGGCCCAACACACCCCUGGAGUGCGUGGUCUCGCUUGGAACAGGUCGCAUUGAAACUGCCGGCAAGAACAGCGCCACGUACACAAGCCUCAAGACCAAACUUACCAACGUCAUCAGCAGUGCCACAGAUACAGAGGAGGUUCACGCUAUGCUCGACACCUUCCUCCCCCCGGACACUUACUUCCGCUUCAACCCUUUCUUGAAUGAAGACGUCUCCCUGGAUGAGAGCCGGCAUGAGAAGCUCAACCUGCUGCAGGCUGAGGGCGUCCGUUACCUGGAGAGGAAUGAGGAAAAGCUAAGCAAAGUCGCUCGCAUCCUCACUCGAGAGAAGAGCUCCAUCCAGAGGGUGACGGAGUGGGCCAAGCUCAAGGCUGACAUGUAUAACGGCCUUUCCUCAACGUUUUAGCUCCAAGAGAAGUCCUGUGUUCUGGCUCGAAGGCUUUCCUAUAGUUCCAACUGUACACAAAUAUUACACUUUACCCCAAUUAAUGUGUCAAAGUUUAUAAUUCUAUGACCAGUAGUUUGUGAAUGUGUGAAUCCAUCCAACAUGCCAAACACCUCCUUCUUCCUCAACAACACUUAAUGGAUAUUUUUAAUAAUAAUGUGCCAAAGGAUUUGUCUCUUCCUACGAGAGUCUUUGUCCCUGCCAGCUACUUUGGC